GCAAAACUGUUCCAACUUCCACCACAUUUCCCCCGCCAAUUUCUCUCGUCGCGGCAAAUCAUUUCAAUCGAUAGCCGGCGGGUGAUGGCGAAUUGGAAGAGUAACUGCCAGGUCGAAGCAGAAGUCAGUGUCCGGCGGUUUAGUUAGGGUGUCUUCCGGCUAUGCUGUUGUGGCUCGUCAGAUCGAGGCAGAAAAUGACAGCGGUUUCGGAGUAUUAUUUGAAGCCGAUUUGGUCCAGAAGACGAUGUAGUUGGAUGCCUGGACAUCUCAUGGCUUCGUUCCGUUUAUCGGCCGAGGAACGAGAAUGGUGAAGAGAUAUGGAUCGGAAGAGCUGGAUCAUGUGGUUAAUCGUCUCGGCGGUGGUCGGACUACUCCUCGCGGUGGCUAUACCCUUCUUUACCAAGAGCAGCUCUAAACCAUUGGACGAUUCUUCUUCUUCGAAGUCAGAAUCAUCAAUGGAGCAGCAACAAGCAUCCGCGGCUCCUUCCUCGUCGCCGAUGGAGUAUGAGGUCUUCCUGAGCUUUAGAGGCCCUGAUGUCCGUAACAACUUUGGGGAUUUUCUCUAUACAUUCCUAGUUCGUGAGAACAUUCGGACCUUUCGCGAUGACGAAGAGCUUCCUAAGGGGGAGAAGAUUGAUCCUGCACUCAUCAAGGCUAUUGAAGAAUCGAAGGUGUACAUUCCGAUCUUUUCUCCCGACUAUGCUGGGAGUAAAUCGUGCCUUCAGGAGCUAGCUCAGAUGUUGAAGUGCUGCAAGCAAGAGAAGGACCACAUCAUUUUGCCCAUUUUCUUUAUGACGGAGCCCGGUGAUGUGCGGCGUCAAGAGGGUGCUUACAAGGAGCCAUUUAAACAGCUCAUCAAGAAGAAGAAGCUUGAUGCAGGCACGAUUAAGGAAUUUGAAGAAGCUCUCCGGGAAGUCGGGAAACUAAAGGGAUGGCACGUUACUAAAUCAGAUGGGCAAGGAGCUAUUGCAAAAGAGGUUGUGGAAAAGGUGAGGAAGCACCUGGAUACGAGUUACACUUUAGUGACAGAUGAGUUGGUUGGAAUCGACUCACAUGUAGAAGAAGUGACAAACCUGCUAAAUUUAGGCUAUGAAGGUGUGAAGAUUGUUGGUAUUUAUGGUAUGGCCGGUAUUGGUAAGACCACUAUAGCCAAGGCUGUGUAUAAUAAGGUUCGUGGACAGUUAGAUUAUUAUUGUUUUGUGGAAGAUGUGCGAGAGAUACUUUUGGGACACGAUGGGGUCAUAAAUUUGCAGAGUAAGAUCAUCUCUGGCAUCCUGAGGACUGAUCACAAGGUUAAAGAUGCUAAGGAAGGAAUCCGUGUAAUAAAAGAGAGAGUUUUCAAGCGCAAGGUUCUCAUUGUUCUUGAUGAUGUGGAUGAUCGGUUUAGAUUUAACCAAACCUUGGGAAAUUUGGAUGAUUUCUUUCCGAAGAGUAGAUUUAUUAUUACGACAAGGAACAAAAGGGUUUUGGAAUUUCUUGGAGAAUCUAAGUUGUAUGAACCCAGAGAAAUGAGCCAUGAUCAUGCUCUUCAACUUUUUAGCAAGCAUGCAUUCAGAACAGAUAAUCCUCCAAAGGAAGAAGCAGUUCUAAGCAAGAAGUUUGUAACAGUUGCAACGGGGCAUCCUUUGACUCUAAAGGUCUUUGGUUCGCUUCUGUUUCACAGAGAUAGGAUAUUUUGGGAAGCAAAAUUGAUAGAGUUGAAAGAUAUACCUCCUACUGAGGUGCUUGAGAGACUAAAAAUAAGUUAUAAUGAUUUGGAGUACAAUGUUCGACAAAUCUUCCUUGAUAUUUCUUGCUCCUUUAUUGGAGAAAAGAAAGACUUUCCUGAGUACAUGUGGAGUGAUUGUAACUUUCAUCCUGUCCCUGGAAUCAGGACUCUUGUGGACAGGUCCUUGCUAAAAUUGAAUGAGAGAAAUGAGUUCUGGAUGCAUGACCUAAUCAGAGAUCUUGGUAGAACAAUUAUUCGUGAGGAAGACAAUCUACAUCCUUGGAAGCGCAGCAGGAUAUGGUCAAAUGUAGAUGCCUUGGACUUGUUAGAAAGUGAAGAGGGAAGUGACCUGGUGGAAGUUCUUAGAGUUAACAUGGCAGAAACAGAUCUUGAGCUGACAGAUAAAAACUUUAAGAAGUUGUCAGGAUUAAGGUAUCUUGAAGUGCAUAAUGGAAGACUGACUGGAGAUUUUAGAGGAAUUCUACCACAUGUGCGUUGGCUUCGACUGCACGAGUGUAGCUCAGUUCCCAGUGAUCUUAAUCUGAAGAAAUUGGUAAUUCUUGAUAUGCAUGGUUGCCCAGUGGAAGAUGGUUGGGGAGGCUGGAGCGGAAUUAAGGCUGCACGUAAGCUGAAAGCUAUAAAUCUAUCGUUUUGCGGCAAGUUAAGAACAGCUCCCGACUUGUCCCAGUGCAGAAGUCUUGAGUUCAUACAUUUCUGGAACUGUUGGGAAAUGAGUGGGGAACUGCACAUUGGCAAUUUCAAGAAUCUAACAGUGCUUAGCCUCACCAUGACUGAAAUAACAAAGUUAACCGGCAACAUUGGAAGGCUUAAAAAUCUCCAAGCAAUCGACUCGGGGCAUUUGAUAGAAUCGCAGGAAGUAGUAGUAGUACUCCCCACAAGUUUAAAGCACUUGUCCCUCUCGUCCUCCCAGGUUCCCAACCUUUCAGAGCUCCAGGACUUGGAAGAGCUUUCCUUUGAGCGAUGUGAUCAGCUUGAAAUUCCGGGAGAUAUAUGGAAGAUGUCCAAGCUGAAAACGCUUGAGCUUCGGGACUCAUCUUUUUCUAACAGUGGUAUGAUUUCUUCUACCCUUCCAUCCUCGCUAAACAGCCUUUUGAUUCAUGGAUGUGAGCCUUUGGUGAGACUGCCAAGCGUACUAGAGAGAUUAAAAGUAACUUAUAAUGACUUGAGCUACAAUGAACAACAAAUCUUCCUUGAUAUUGCCUGUUCUUUUAUUGGAGAAAAGAGAGAGUUUCCUUUUUAUUUGUGGAGUGAUUGUAAUUUGUAUCCUGUAAGUGGAAUCAGCACUCUCGUGCAUAGGUCGUUGAUAAAAUUUGAUGAGAGAAAUGAAUUUUGGAUGCAUGACCUCAUCAGAGAUCUUGGCAGAUCAAUUAUUCGUGAGGAAGAUAAUCAACAUCCUUGGAAACGCAGCAGGAUCUUGUCUAAUGAAGAUGCGUUGGACAUAUUAGAAAGGGAAGAGGCGGCACGCAAGCUGAAAGCUAUAAAUCUAUCUUUUUGCGGCAAGUUAAGAACAGCUCCCGACUUGUCCCAGUGCAGAAUUCUCGAGUUCAUCCAUUUUUGGUACUGUGGGGAGAUGAGUGGGGAACUACACAUUGGCAAUUUCAAGAACCUAAAAGUGCUUAGCCUCUUCAUUACUGAAAUAACAAAGUUAACCGGCGACAUUGGAAGGCAUAAAACUCUACAAGAGAUUAAUGCAGGAGAUUUGACAGAAGAAGUAGGAGCAAUAGUUGUACUCCCCACCAGUUUAAAGAAGUUAUCCCUCUCGUCCCCCCGGGUUCCCAACCUUUCUGAGCUUAAAGACUUGGAAGAGCUAUCCUUUGAAGGAGGUGAUCAGGUUGAAAUUCCUGGUGAUAUAUGGAAGCUAUCCAAGUUGAAGAAACUUGAGCUUCGUCCCACAUCGUUUUCUAAUAGUGGAGUUAUUUCAUCUACUUUUCCAUCCUCGCUCAACAGCCUUUUGAUUCAUGGAUCUGAGCCUUUGGAGAGACUGCCAACCCUUGCUAAUCUGAACAAUCUGAAGGAGCUAAGCUUGAUGGGGAUUCAGAUACGAGAGAUUCAGGGUUUGGGAGAUCUGGCAAUGCUGGAAACUUUGGUGAUAGACGGUGCUCCAAAUCUAAUUCAUCUGAAUGGCCUUGAAAAUCUAUUGCUUCUGAAAACACUCAAGGUGGAAGGCUGUGAUGUACUGGAGAAACUGCCUAGUGUAUCAAAUUUGACCAAGUUAGAGCUACUAGAGAUUGUUUCCUGUAGGUGCCUCUCUGAAAUUCAAGGCAUAGGAGAGCUAGGAGAGCUCUCUUUGGCGACUAUAUACAUUGUUGAUUGUCCAGCGGAAUCACUGCUGCAUUCUGUCUUGAAGUUAACUAGACUGAGAGAGCUAUACCUGUAUGAUACCUAUGGUGACCAUCUCUCGUCACGAGAACGGUUUCUUGAUCUCUCUGGUCUUCGGGAUAUCGAGACGUUAUUGAUUUCUGGGUUCGGAGAGCUGACCACGGUAUAUGGGCUUGAGAAAUUGGAGUCCUUGACAUCGCUAAGUAUGGUAUACUGCACAUCAAUGAGGGAGUUGCCUGAUCUAUCUGGUCUCAAGAAUUUAAAGAAUUUAAGUAUUGGUGGAUGCACACAGUUGAUGGACAUUACAGAACUUGAAAGAUCGGAGUUGUUAGAAACUCUGGAUAUGUCAGGCUGCAAAUCAAUUAGGAAGUUGCCGGACCUAUCUGGUCUUAGAAAUCUGGAGAAAUUGAUUAUUGACGAGUGCACACAGUUGACUGAGGUUGCUAUAAUUGAGAGCUCAGAGUCGUUGACAUCACUCAGCAUGGUGGAUUGCUCAUCCAUUGCCCAGUUGCCAGAUUUGUCUCGCCUCAAGAAUCUGAAUUCACUGGAGAUUAGUAGGUGCACAGGUUUGACUGAGGUUGUGGGGCUUGAGAUGUUGGAUUUGCUAGAAUUUCUAUUUAUGUCGGGCUGCAGUUCAAUUAAGGAGCUGCCAGAUUUAUCUGGUUUGGACAGUAUCGUUACUUUAGAUAUUAGUGAGUGCACAGGGUUGACCGAGGUCGUAGGGCUUAAAAACUUGGAGUCAUUGCAACAGCUGAAGAUGGCGAAUUUCAAGAUAAAGAAGUUGCCUGAUCUAUCUGGAUUGAAACAUUUGCAUGAGUUGGAUAUUAUGGGAUGCGUACAAUUGGCCGAAGUUACUGGAAUUGAGAACUUGGAGGGGUUGACGAUCAUGCGUUGA